AUGAAACAUUCACGAGGGAUAUUACUUAGUGGACCACCAGGUACCGGAAAGACACUGAUUGCUCGAACAAUAUGUGAAGUUUUAAGAGUAAAACCACAGAUUGUCAACGGCUCCGAAAUAUGUAACCAUUUGUUAGGAGAAUCCGAAGCAAAAAUAAGACAUUUGUUUCAUGAAGCAGAAUUCGACGCAGAAAAAUAUAGUGCGAACAGUGAUCUACACAUUAUUAUUUUUGAUGAAAUAGAUGCACUUUGUAAAACGAGAUCAACAACUGGUGGUGGUAUCCGUCACACAGUCGAAGAGAAUGCCACUACACACUUGUUGACGAAAAUUGAUGGUCUUAAUCAACUUAAUAACUUCUUAAUUAUUGGUACGACAAAUACGAAAGACUCAAUUGAUCCGGCUCUUAUCAGACCAGGUCGAUUAGAAAAUGUGAUUAAAAUUGGUUUACCUGAUAGUGACCAUCGAUUAAAAAUAUACAAUAUCGACACAAAGUUAAUGCUUCAAAAUGGGAUUUUAGAUGAUGAUAUUGAUAUUGCAAGAAUCAUUCGGGGAACAAAUGGGUUGACUGGUGCACACGUGGAACAAGUUGUUCGUCUAGCAACUAACAAUGCAAUUCGUCGAGAUGUACUAGUGCGUGGCACUUUGGAUAUAGAUGAAUCUUUAGCAGAAGAAUUACACGCUAAAAAUAUAGAUUUUAUAAACGCCUUAAGAAUACUUCCAACCUUACCGUCAGAUUUUUAUAAACAACAACAAAAAGAUUAA